AAAACAACACAUGCUUUCCUUUUAUGGAACAGCUGCCAGCCAAAGUAGAAGUGAGAGCCUGAUCGCCAGGCUGUGUAAUCGAUCCCCGAUAAGCCGGCCGGUUCCCAGCAGUCCGACUGCUGAAUCAACGCAGCGGGUCAAACGGGUCAGGGUCGGAGUCAGGCGGACAGGGAGCUCUGGAAGUCCGGCCGUAGUUGUUUAGUUUUCUGGGGCAGCAGCGGAACCAGCCGGGAACAUGGCGGACACAGAAGAAAUGUUCCUCCGAGCCAAACAUCGGACUUUCAGCGGAUUGACUGAAGAGGCGGAGCGGCAGUGGACCGGGCCGUUCUGCUUCAUCCAGGCUGCGGACCCCCAGCUGGGCCUGAUGAAGGCGUGGCGGAUCGGCGACGCGGUGGGCGGCGGCGACGAGUGGGAGGAGGAAGUGGCGCUCACCAAGCAGGCGGUGGCGGGGGUCAACCAGCUGCGACCCCGGCCCCGCUUCAUGGUGCUGUGUGGGGACCUGGUCCACGCCAUGCCGGGAACCGAAUUCAGAGAAGCCCAGGAGCGGGACCUGAAGGAGGCCCUGAGCGGGACGGACCCGUCCAUCCCGCUCGUGUUCGUCAGCGGGAACCACGACCUGGACCAGGUCCCGACUCCCAGCACGGUGGAGCAGUACUGCCGGGCCUGGGGCGACGACUACUUCAGCUUCUGGGUGGGCGGCGUCCUCUGCCUGGUCCUGAACUCCCAGCUGUACUUCAACGGCUCGGCCUGCCCGCAGCAGAAGGAGGCUCAGGAGGCGUGGCUGGAGGCGCAGCUGAGCAGGGCUUCCUCUGCGGAGCCCAAACCCAAACACAUCUUGGUUUUCCAGCACAUUCCUCUGUAUGUGAAGAGUCCCGAUGAACAGGACGAGUACUUCAACCUGCCGCAGGAAGCGAGGCAGAGCCUGAUGGAGCGCUUCAAACGGGCAGGCGUGACGGCCGUCUUCUCGGGUCAUUACCACCGGAACGCCGGCGGCUGCCAAGACGGCCUGGACAUGGUGGUGACCUCGGCCAUCGGCUGCCAACUGGGCGACGACACCCACGGUGUGCGGCUGGUGGCGGUGACGGCCGACGCCGUGGUGCACCGCUACUUCAGCCUGGAGCAACUGGGGCAGCGCGGCGUGAACGAGGAGCUCAGGAAGAUGCUGCAGGCCUGCUGACUUCCUGCUUGCUGACUUCCUGCUUGCUGACUUCCUGCUUGCUGACUUCCUGCUUGCUGACUUCCUGCUUGCUGACUUCCUGCCUGCUGACUUCCUGUCUGCUUCCAGGAAAAACUAAAACCAACACUAAACCACUUCCAGCCUCA